AUGGCUUGGUUUAGUGACAAUAACAUCGAGCUGCUUGAAUGGCCUGCCCAGUCACCAGACCUGAACCUCAUCGAGCAUUUGUGUGGUCUAUUGAAGCGCAAGGUGAGCAUGGUGACGACAGACGCGUGCGGCAAGCUGAAGACCGCCUUUCUAUUCCACCUGCGACGCGACGCAACCGCUUGCCGCGCCAUCCUCUCGCAGCUGUUCCCGUCCGCGCCCGAGCCCGACGUCGACGCCGCGCUCGACACCACCGUGCUCGCCAUCGCCGCGGAGAUGCUGGACGACAUCCCGGCCGGAGACCCCAGAUGGAAGUCCCGCGCGGGCGGGCUCCGCACACGCGUGUCGCUGGGCAGCUCGGCGGCGCUGCAGCAGACGCACCAGCUGCGCGACAAGCAGCGCGCCUUCACGCUGUUCCGCGACUUCCUGCGCGCGCACGGCCUGCUGCGCCGUCUGCAGCUCGUGUCCACAGAGUCCGGCGGCGGAGUGCAGAGCACGGUGUGGGCGCUGUGCGGGCUGGCGGAGCAGCUGGCCGUCGCCGCCGCGCUGCGCCGCCUGCAGCACGGGCCCGACGCGCAGCUCAUCGACGCCGCCAUCUACCAGGUGGUGUGCGGCGACAGCGGCGAGGUAGAAGAGGAGCCCGAAGUGGAGGCGGCACUAGCGUCGGGCGCGCUGGCGCCGGCGGACGCGUGCUACCGGCGCGUGUCGCGCAUCGGCCGCGUGCUGCGCGCGCUGGCCACGCUGCCGCACGCGCGCGCCACGCCCGACCCGCGCGCGCACGCCGCGCACGUGCACGCGUCUAUGAACAUCAUUAAUACGGUGCUAGGCGAGGCGCACAAGUGCCGCGCGGCGUGGGCGGCCGAGGUGUGCGGCGCCGCGCCCGCGCCCGCGCCGCCGCUCGGGCCUCGCGCCUUACUGCCCGCGCUCGUGCAGAUGCUACGCCUGGCUCUCACGAAGAAAAGACGACGACGAGAGGAAGAUGACGAAAAGAAAAAGUUGAGAAGAAGACGAGAAGAAGACGAAAAGAAUUGA